GACGUCGUGUCGUAUGGGUUUAACGAAAAUCAACAAAGCCCAAUCAUACACCAUGCAAAUGAAAAGUAAGCCCAAGAUCAUAGCUGUCCUAAAACCCUAGGGCUAACUGAAGAAGGUGAGGCAGCCAAGCUAAGCUAAAGUUAACAGUAGAGAAAAUGAAAUUCACAGACUCACCGGUGAUAGAGCUUCCGAUCGGAGACAAACUCCUAUCUGUCCAGCAAGACAAUGGUUCCAUGCAUGUCGGAACCUCCGUUUGGCCGUGUUCUCUUAUCCUGGCGAAAUUCGCCGACCGCUGGUCCACCGCCUCCUCAAACCCCUACUCCACUCUCGUCGGCUUCCGCUCCAAGCCCUGCCGCGCUGUCGAGCUCGGCGCCGGAUGCGGAGUUGCCGGCAUGGCAUUCUACCUCCUCGGACUUACCGACAUUAUCCUCACCGACAUCGCGCCGGUGAUGCCGGCACUUAAGCAUAAUUUGAAAAGGAACAAAGAAACCCUAGGCAAGAUGUUGAAGACAUCGAUUCUUUAUUGGAAGAAUGGGGAUCAAAUAAAAGCAUUGAACCCUCCGUUUGAUGUAGUUUUAGCGACGGAUGUUGUUUAUAUUGAGGAGUCUGUUGGGGAGUUAGUUGGGGCAAUGGAAGCGCUUGUGGCAGACGACGGUGUCAUUUUGUUGGGGUAUCAGUUGAGGUCUCCGGAGGCCGAUAUCAAGUUUUGGGAAAUGUGUAGAGAGGUUUUUGAGAUCGAGAAAGUUCCACAUGAGGAUUUGCAUCCUGAUUACGCUUAUGAAGAGACCGAUGUUUACAUUUUUCGCAAGAGAAACAAGAUGAUAUAGCUAAACCUACACCCAUUUACAUUGUAAAUUUUUGUUCUUGCUAAUGGUUCAUCCUUGUGUUUUUGAAAUGGGUAAAUAAAAUUGUUGCAUUCUAUUUGUCAUUUAUUGAAGUCCUGAUCUUUUAAUGUAACAGCAGAAUAGUAUUCUGCUAAUUCCGCCAA